CGCUUGAGAAAGAUAUUUUAGGGUUUUAAGGAGGGAUCGAUCGGAUCGAUCGAUGGGAGUGCCCGCAUUCUAUCGCUGGCUCACGCGGCGCUAUCCCUUGAUCAUUGCCGAUGCUGUGGAGGAUGAUUUGGCGGCCCUUUCUGGCGGAUUGGAGUAUGACAAUUUCUAUCUUGACAUGAAUGGGAUCGUGCAUUUGUGUUUUCAUCCAGAAGGCAAGCCAGCUCCUUUGUCGUAUGAUGAAGUGUUCCAUUGCAUUUUCCAGUGCAUCGAUCGUCUUGUCGCAAUCGUGCGGCCCAGGAAACUUUUGUACAUGGCAAUUGAUGGUGUUGCUCCGCGGGCUAAGAUGAAUCAACAACGAUCGAGGCGGUUUAGAGCUGCAAAAGAAGCUCUUGAGGUAAGAAGUUUUUUGUGUUUCCUGUUUCAUUUGUUGGAGCUCAGCUGUUACCAUUUCCAGGUCCAGAAGAGAGGAGAAACGUCAGAUUCGAAUGUUAUCACACCUGGGACGGAAUUCAUGGCCUUACUUUCCGAUGCAUUGAGUCAAUAUGUGCAACUGCGUUUAAGCGAAAGUCCUGGUUGGCAAAGGAUGAAAGUUAUAUUAUCCGAUGCUAAUGUUCCGGGUGAAGGCGAACAUAAAAUAUUUUAUUUCAUUCGCAUGCAAAGAAAUCUUCCUGGCUUUGACCCAAACACUCGGCACUGCCUCUAUGGCCUGGACGCUGACUUGGUUAUGCUAGCACUUGCUACACAUGAAGUGCACUUCUCUAUUUUACGCGAGGUGCCAUGUCCUAGAAAGUGCUACCUCUGUGGCGAAGUUGGACAUAUUGCUAAACAUUGUGAUGGAACACAGAAAAGUACACUUGAAGAGACGGAAGAUGUUUCGUAUCAAUUCCUUCACAUUUGGCUCCUUCGAGAGUAUUUGGAACUUGAACUCAAGAUAGCAGAUGCAGAUUUUGAGCGCAUAGUGGACGAUUUUGUUUUUAUUUGUUUUUUUGUUGGCAACGAUUUUCUUCCGGGUUUACCAACACUAGACAUUCGACAAGGAGCAAUCGGCAUGCUUUUAAGUGUUUACAAGCAAGAAUUCAGUAAUAUGAGCGGGUAUUUGACGGAAACUGGCGAGGUGAACUUGAGAAGCCUUGAGUACUUUCUUGAGAUGGUCGGCCAGAUUGAGGACGGUAUAAUCCAAAAGCAGUUUCAGAAAAGCUGGAAGGCAACGUACUACGAAGAGAAGUUUGGCUCUGAGUACUCUGAGGAGCUUAAAAAGGGCCUGGCGCAAAAGUACACCGAGGGAUUAUGCUGGAUAUUGCAUUAUUAUUACAGAGGAGUGAGCUCGUGGCAAUGGUACUACCCCUACCAUUAUGCUCCUUUUGCAUCGGAUUUAGCAGGACUUGGUGCUAUAGAAGUCCGUUUUGAGGCUGGCAAGCCAUUGAAACCUUUUGAUAUGCUUAUGGGCGUUUUACCCGCAUCAAGUGCAUGGGCUUUACCGGAGUAUUACCGGUUGUUGAUGACAAAUCCAGCGUCACCUUUGAUAGAUUUUUAUCCUGAAGAAUUUGUUGUUGAUAUGAACGGAAAACAAUACCCAUGGCAGGGUGUUGUAAAACUACCAUUCAUCAACGUAGAGCGUCUUCUUGUAGAAACGAGAAAGCUAGAAGGGACGCUUUCGGCGUCAGAGAUCAAACGAAACAGCAUAGACCAGGAGUUAUUGUUUCUCUGCUGUCACCAACCUCUUGCGAGAUACAUAUACGCUUGUGUCGAGGACACGGAGGGAAUCUGCGCAAUAAAUCCAAUAAUCAGCGAAGGCUUAAAUGGAUUCCUCACUUUGAAUCGAGGGGCUCUGGAAGCUGCUGUACCACAUAACGUUCUCUGCGUAAACUACAUAUGCCCCUCAAAUCAUCCUCAUAUUCCAAGCCUUCCCGACGGGGUUAUACUCCCUGCAAAGAGCAUUGUUGAUCGAGACUUUCGAAGGCAUUCUCAUCGCGGGCGACAAAGAAGCACCUCGAGCGGAAGCUCCGAUCCAUACCGCGAACACGGUAGUCCCUCUGGAAGGUGGAGAGGGAGACGAAGUAGUCACAGCAGAACUAGGAGCGUCGAUAGUCACGAGAGUUAGUAGACGACACUGGGCCAACGGUUGGGAUUGCUUUAAUGUUAUGGAUAGUUAUCGGAAUCCAACG